GCCGGGGCGUGGUCACGGGACUGGCUUGUGCACCCGCCCCCUUGAGUGAGCCCUGACAAAUAGCGCUUGCGCUUCCUCAACUAUUUCUCACUCCGCAACCACCGACAUCGUCACCGCCACCACGACAAUCCGGCAUCUCACCCGCGAGCCUCUUGCAUCUAUCGCGACGCCGGCUGAGGCUCGAGCUUCUAACCGCCACUACCGUAAACCACUAACCCCUGUCCUGGCAGCCCGGUUGCCAAGAUGAUGCCCGGGUGGCCAGCGGCUGCCCAGCAAGCGCCGGGCGUCCCUCAACCAUCCACGCCCGCGUCGUAUGCGUAUCCCUCCAAUCCAGCCUAUGUUCCCGUCCAAGUUCGCCAGGGCUUCGGCCAGUUCCCAGCCGCAGUUCCCCCUCCACCGUUUACUGGCUACCCGCCUCCACCUCCCCCCGCCGCCGCAGCUCUCCAGCAGCCUUCCCCAAACCCACCAGCUGCGCCACAGCAGUCCAAGAGCAAAACGGACUGGCCUGAUGCUGUCCGACGCUAUGUUCAACGCUCCUUCUUGCCACAGAAUGAAGAUCCAACGGUUCCCCGUGCAGAAGUAGAGAAUAAGUUGAAGGAGACCAUCGGCGUGGCCAAGGAGAAUGGCACACUGUAUACGAUUGACUGGGACAACACUCCCUUACCUCAGGCCCUCGUCAAGGCUGAGCGUGAUGCACGCUUCAAGGGUGACGCCGUGUCCGGAGCAGCAGCACCCGGAAAAUCUCUCAAAUCCAAAAAGAGAAAAUCAUCUGAAUAUGCCGAGGGAGACGCGUCCAAGUCGCCGUGGCGCACUGCUAACCUUCGUGGGUCACUCGAGGACCGCGUCUCAUAUCCGGCUGCCGACAAACGCUCCGCCGCGGAAGUGUCGGCGAAGCAAAGUAAGUUCUCGAAGGACGCGGCCAGCAAGCGAAAACGCCGCUUCGAAAGCGAGUACAAAGCCGUGUACCGCUCGCCAAGCCCAACGCCACCCUCAUCGGGACCCAUUGUCGGAACCUGCGAGACGCUGGAGAAACGGUACCUUCGUCUCACGGCUCCGCCCGUGGCGUCCAACGUGCGUCCCGAGGGGGUGCUCCGCCAGACGCUCGAUCUUCUUAAGAAGAAGUGGCGCGACGAGGGCAACUACUCGUACAUUUGCGACCAGCUCAAGUCGAUGCGCCAAGAUCUGACGGUGCAACGCAUCAAGAAUGAUUUUACUGUUUCUGUCUAUGAAAUUCACGCCCGCAUUGCCUUGGAGAAGGGGGAUAUCGGUGAGUAUAACCAGUGCCAAACGCAGCUUCGAUCCCUCUACGGCCUCGGCCUCAAGGGCCAUCCCCAUGAGUUCAAGGCGUACCGUAUCUUGUAUUUCAUCCACACGGCCAACCGCUCCGGGUUGAACGACAUUCUGGCAGACUUAACCGCAGCAGAGAAGGAGGAGCGCCCCAUCAAGCAUGCCCUGAACGUGCGCUCGGCGCUUGCUCUGGGCAACUACCAUAAGUUUUUCCAGCUGUACCUGGACACGCCCAACAUGGGAGCAUAUCUCAUGGACAUGUUUGUCGUACGGGAGCGCCUUGCGGCCAUGAGCAACAUUUGCAAGAGUUACAAGCCCGACGUCAAAUUGCGCUUUAUUACUGAAGAGCUUGCUUUUGAGUCGGAUGCCGAUGCUGCUCAGUUCAUCAUCCACCAUCAGGGUCAGCAUCUCCUCGAAGAUCGCCAGGACCACAUCGCAUUUCUGGCCGGCAAGGCCGGCCCUCUCUUUGAGAGUUUCCGGGCCGCGGCCUUCAGCAAAGUCGACAUCAAGGGACAAAUCUGAAGUUUGUCGUCUCUCUCUAUCUCUUGGCCCCAACUCCCCCCCCUUUCUUGUCUGGCUCGACAUGAAGCCGUUUUCUUGUUGGACUCGGUCCGCUUCGCGUAAUGGGCGUUCGACGAUGUGCUUUGAUACCCGUGAACGACGGCUCCUUUUUUGUGGCCGAGGCCGUGCCAGUGUCUGGAGAGCCUCGGCCGAGAGCAACCAUGCAACAAAAGCGAUUUCUCACGCCCGCUGAGACGUGACAGUCUUGGACCUGACCGGUCUGCGUGAACGAGCAGAUUGGCGGAAAUGAAUAUUAAUAAACAGCAACAGAAUACGUGAGGGUAGGGGGGAUGAGCGGCAUCGAUAUCGACCGUAAUGACACCUUUCCGAUCCGACACGACGACAAUCGACCCGUAGCAGGGUUUCACGACGCUGAGGCAUAGAUGGAUUGCAUGACGGGCGUUUGGAGUUUUACCGGGCUCGCAUUCUGUUUGGAUGUAGCGAAGAAUAGUCUAGCUAGAGCAGACAGUGAUUCUUCAAUCAAACAUGACAAUUGAGC